AUGAAAGUAGAUGUGUGCUCCAAACAGGUGGCCAGGGGAACCGUAAGGGUCAACUCGCCCAUUCCGGCAAAGCUGCCCAAGAAAACUCAGAAUGCCACCACAAAAAAGCUUAAGAAAAUCCGAGGUUCAAAGCUCUGUAGCAGGCAUUUCAAUGUUAAUGAGCAGCUGAAUCAGAAGGAAGCAGAGGAGGUCCCGGAGAUCGUGCAGACCGCUGCCAUCCCACCUGCCCGGAGCGAACCAGAGGAGGUCCCGGAGACCGUGCAGACCCCUGCCAUCCCACCUGCCCGGAGCGAAGCAGAGGAGGUCCCGGAGAUCGUGCAGACCCCUGCCAUCCCACCUGCCCGGAGCGAACCAGAGGAGGUCCCGGAGACCGUGGAGACCCCUCCCAUUCCAGGUGGACCAGUGGACAGCCAGUGA